GUCGAGAUAAAAAAUACAUUAAGCGUAAUAUUGUUUAGAUUAUUGAACGAUGAAGAAGAAUAUUCUAAUUUUAUCAACGGGUUCAAUUGCUGUUGUUAAAUUAGUAAAGAUAAUCCAAGGAAUAAAAGAUGAAUUCAAUGUGCAAGUAGUUUUAACGGAAUCUGCUAGUAAACUAGUAGACGCUAAUGACUUAGAUUGUAAGGUAUAUAAGGAUCAGGAUGAGUGGAAGGACUUCAAAGCGAUUGGUGAUGACAUAUUACACAUUGAAUUGCGUAAAUGGGCAGAUUUAAUUGUUAUAGCGCCUUUAUCUGCUAAUAGUCUAGCUAAAAUAUCCAAUGGAUUAUGUGAUAAUCUACUAACUUCAAUCCUGAGGGCGAAAGAUGACGAAACAAAGGUUAUAGCCUUCCCUUCAAUGAAUACUUAUAUGUACAAGAACCCGUUAACAGCUAUUCAGCUGGACAUACUUAGAAACAUUUUGGGUUUUUAUUUAUUUGGUCCAAUCGAGAAGACAUUAGCAUGUGGAGAUAUAGGUAUAGGCGCGAUGUCAGAAUAUCAAGAUAUUAUAAAUUUAAUUUAUGAAUUUUCUAUGCAUUGAUCUCUCUCUCUUCUUUC